AUGGCUUUCAGUAUACUCUCUCCCAAGAAAUUAAGGAGGGAGAAGAAUAAGCCUGUGCUGGCUUCUUCUUCUUCUUCUGGAAUAGAGUCUUCCUUAUCUCAGGGUGCUACCAAAAGCAAUCAAAUUUUUACAACCGAUUGCAAUUUUGCUGCUAAUAACUCUACGACUUUGCAACCAAAUUAUAAUCUGCAGAAUACAAUAAGAUAUGAUGAUGAUGAUGAUGAUGCUGGGCUUGUAACUCCUCCAGAAUUUGCAACCGUACCAAGAGGCAGCGAAGGCGGCGGUGGUAACAACAUCGGCUAUGUUUCUGGUGCCGCCGCAGCAGACGCCGGCGCCGCAGUUGGCGGUAACAACAUCGGCUAUGUUUCUGGUGCCGCCGCAGCGGGCGCCGGCGCCGGCGCCGCAGCUGGCGGUAUUACUCCGUCUCAAUCGCAACCUAUAAGGGCAAGGUCGCCCUUGUCUCAACCACCAACUACUGCAUUUGAUGAACAAAUCCUCGAUCCAUUACCAAAAAAUCACCAACUCCAACUCCAACUGCAAAAACCAAACUCAAAUUAUACAACCGACAAUAAAAAUGUCCCAGCUUAUACUUUGUUGGCUCAUAGUGAUAAUAGCAGUAGCAGUACCGAUUCUGCAAACAAAAACUCGUCAUCUUUGUUACCAAAACUCAACUCAUUUGUAUCCCUGGAUGCUGCUUCAGAGGUCUCCUCGGUUUGCGAUCAGUUUUCGUUGCAAUCUCCAACUUAUAACAAUAGCCCAAGACAGCGCCAUUUGCAAAAAUUGUCUGAUACAUUCAAUGAUCUGCCAAGAAGAACUUUAUCGGAAAGAGCAAAAAUCACCCCUUCAGCUUUUGUGCGCCAAAGUAUCUAUUUCUCCAAUGAUGCCAAUAAUGGUUUAGACUUUGAAACUGCUUCUAUAAACUCCAUGUCUGGGAGAUCAUUACUUUUACAGAAUAAGAUGGAGGUUGAAAAUUUGUCACCAGAGUUUCGGCCAAUUGUUACUUUAUUGAAUGCGCAGAGAUUAAGGUCAUAUUGUCAUGGAUCGUUCCAAGUGCCCGGUUUCAUUGGGAAUGAAAGAAUAUGGUUCGAAGUUGAUGCUAAAUUGAGCGGUAAUGAAUUGGCCAUUUGGAGACCAUCAAACGAUGAUUACAUCAUUGAUGAUAUUGACGAGUUUAAGCCAAAAUAUAUCAAUUUGAUUGAUGCAAGAAUUGAAAAUCUUGGAGGUUUGGAGAUUCGCAUUUUUCAAGAUUAUAGAGAGGAUAAAAAUGUCUUGAUUAAAUUCCACAAUUCAACCGAUCUCAAUAAGUGGAUAAGUGCAAUUAUCUUGGCUAAAUUUGAAUAUGUAAAACUUAAUGAAGCAUUUACAGCUGUAUUAUUAUCAUUGAGAGGUUCCAAGUUGCUGGAUAUUCAUGUUUUGCUAAGCCAUAAAAAGAGAUUUCCUCAAUAUGAGUGGUGCAAUAUUCGAUUGCCCGAAGUUUCUUCCAAAUGGAUUAAAGUUUUUAUGGUUAUUUUACCAAGCGAUAAACAUCAUUUAGGAAGAAUUGAAUUUUACCCAUCAGAUAAAAAGGUUCAUAAAAAAUAUUUAGUUGCAUAUAUUUCGGAUUUGGCAUACUUGUUUAAUGUCUACCCUGAACAAGCCCAUUUGAUUGAUUUCAAUUCAAUCAUGAAUGCAUGUGGGAAAGUAUACGUGGGGAAGAAAUUUGAACAUUUAUUCCCUUAUGAAGACCCAAGGAAACUUAUUGCUAAAAACCAUUCAAUGUCACGUUCGGGGUCAAACAAUUCUCUUUCCUCGCUAACUGAAAAAGUACCAGCUGGUGGUGCUACCCCCACCAAUACCAACAACACUGCUACACGCUCAAGGUCAAGCUCAGUGAAUUCUACAAAUUCGUUUUUUAGCCAUUCGCCAGCAAGUUCUAUGACGUACACAAGAGAAAGAUCCGAGUCUACUCCUGUUGCGUCCGCUAAGAGGUUAUCCAAGCUGACUUCUCAAUUUGAUUUGAACAAGACAAACUCUAGCUUUUUCAAAAAACAUGCUGAAGAGUUUGUUUCUACAAAUACUAUGUAUAUCAUGCCUGUUCCUCAUCCUGGAGUUUCUGCUGUUGAAACAAUGAUGAGAAAUUUCAUUCCCAUAAUUGAUGCAUUCAAACUAUAUGGACGUCCACAUCGUUUAAUCAGCGAUAAAACAAAUGCAGAGUCAAUGUUGUUUGGAUUACCUUUCUUGCCACACUACCAGUAUCUUUCUACGCGCGAUGCAGAAGAAGCAUUCAGUAUCAAUUUCCAUAAUUCAAUGAAUGAAUCUCAAAUGGAAAAAAUAUUGAAGGAUAAAAUCAGUGAGUUGCAGUCUAGAAGUAAACCAUAUCGUGGGCACGGCAAUAUUGGCCAAUUGUAUGAAAAAUUGGAUUUGAGUUUUGAUGAGAUUACUUCACCUGUAUUGAGUCCUAAGUUGGGUGACGAUUUGCCAAGUUUGGGAGAGCCAAUUGCUUUGGGAAGAAUUGCCAGUCCAUUAAGCGUGUAG